ACAAGUUUCAAUCACCUUUUCACAUAACGCAACAUUGGAAACCUUAGUGCUGGUCGCACUUUUGACCUUCUCGAUUUUCUCAGAUAUUUUUCUGAGCGAAUUAAGCUCCGGAAACUCAAAAUUUGGUUCACUCUCUUUCCGUUGAUUUCCCUUUUUCCCUACAUUUUCGCGUUUAGCGUCAGUCACAAGUUUGGUUUUGGGCACCGGCAGCUCGGUAUUCCGCACAAGAGUCACCUUGGUUUCGUUUUUCUUAAAUUUACUCAUGAUUGUUUACCCCUAAUUCAAAUUUGUGAGGUUAUGUCUGCCCAAAAGUGAGGUUAUACAAGAUGAGUCUUGAACCAACUGGCGAUAUUUUGGACCAGUAUCACACGAUUUCGAGCAAACUGAAAAAGCGCUUCCUGCGUAAGCCAAACGUUACAGAAGCCUGCGAGUCGUUCAGUUCGUUGGGGAAACAAUGCGAAGCCUCAGAACUGCCAGCUUAUGCCGGAAUGUGCUGGAUUUCGUCAGCAAGGUGCGAGGGGUCUUUGGGGAACACCCCAGGUGAGGCGUCUUGUUUGACGCGAGCCGCGCGCCAGUUUUUAUCAGCUGAGACGAAAGACCACGAGUUGGGGUGCCCCAGCCCUUGUCAGGAGAACCUGGAGGCUGCUGUGGGUUGUUUUGCUUAUGCGGCGAGUCGCUACCCGGAAGACUGCCCUAUUCCCGUGGGACUCAACCUCGAAUUGGUUGAUUUUUUGAAAAAAGUUGACAGGGAGUGCGAUGUUGAAAAGCAUUUACAAAAUACAGUUGAAUUAUCAAAGGAUAAUUUAGACACUAAAAUUUUUUGUUUGGAAUUGCUAGCGUCCCAUUAUAUAGAAAGUCGCGACUACACAGGAGCGCUAAACACCUUUAAUGAUAUUGCUUCGAUUGUUGAAACGUUGCCUCUGAAUGGGGCACGAGCUGAGACCAUGUUGAAAUGUGAAGUUAGUCGAGUCUUGCUCUUGUUGAUUUUGAGGCCUGCGCCCCAAAAACUGUCGCCGAAUUUGGCCAAGUUACUCGAAAAGUACACAUGGGGGGACCAAAGUGAUAAAGCUUUAAAAGCUUGUGGGAUGUCUCAAAGGAUGUUUAUUUUACUGCAGUCGCUUGUUGCCGCUUGUCAGUCGUUAGAUACUUCGAAUCUUGAUCAUUUAGAAAGCGAGUUGUGGAAAAUGGUUGGGAAAGAAGAACGGGAAUUGCUUAGAAUUUUGGUACAAAUUUACCUUGAGCUGUAAUUGUACAAAUUAAUGAAAUAAAUGUUGGUUUCUAAUGA